AUUUCACGGAGCUGUUGCCUCGUUGUUAGUUCAAAAAGUUGCAAGGUUAAUUGGCAAACGUUUUUGGUGACUCGCUUGGUGUUCUUGUGUCCCUCCUAUUCGGCUCCAUCCUUUUACUAAUUUCCAAUCACAUUUCCUUUCUUUUCCCUGUCAUCAUGUCCUCUGCACCAGCGGCUACUUCAGCUGCACCUAUUUCCACAGCGGCGCCUUCUACAACAGCGGCGCCUACGACAGCACCUGUUUCAUCUUAUACAACUCCAACAACAACACCGACAUCCACCACCCCAACAACAACCCCAACAACUUCGUCUACCUAUGUCUCCCCUUCUCCAGCCAGCAGCAGUGCCCAACCAACGACAACACCUACCACGACUUCUUCAACACCAACGACAACAUCCAUGACCUCCGUGGCGACUCAAGUAGCCACCACGAUUGCCACAACAAAUUCAGUCGGUUCAACAGUAUUCAUCACAACACAAGUAUCCACAUACACAACAAUCCCAGCCCCAAGCCCUGUCGUUACAACCUCCAACACAGGCGCAAUCGUAGGUGGCGUAGUCGGAGGCAUAGCAGCAAUCGCCCUCCUCGGUCUCCUCUUCUUCUGUCUACGCCGACGCAGACGGCGAGACGAGUUCGACGGCAACUUUGACCCAGACCGAGUCAUCAGCCACCCUUCAGGGGGCGGUACACUCCCACAGGUCGAUCUCGGAGAUGAGAACGAAAUCACACCUUUACCCUAUCCUGACCACGGGAGCAUGCGCCAGUAUGGAGAAAGCCCAUACCUCGCUGCUGGUGCUGCAGGCAUGGGCGCAGCUGCUGCAGGGGCAAGCAUGCGCCGUACGACCAGUCCACUCAGCUCCCCCUCGCAUUACUCCGACACCCCCACCUCCCCAGGCGAGGGGUACCCCUCUCAAGGUUUCAUACGCCCAGGACCAGGACAAUACUCCCAAGGCCAGAACCUCUAUGCGAUGCAACAACGAGAUUGGGAAAACCCACGCCCACUCACAAGCCCCGCCCCGAGCGUGAGUAACACCUCCAGCAGCGGUCGCGCCAUGAAAGAAAGAGAGGCACAUCAGGGGCUCGGUCUCGCUACCCAACAGGAAGUGGACGCUGAGGGCAGUGGCGGUGGCGGUGUUGUGCAGCAUGAAGAUGCAGGGCCGAGUGAAGAGGGUGAACCGAGAGAUAUUCCUCCUGCGUAUGAGUCUAUCAGGCCUUAGACUCGUCGCUUCAAAAGCCAUUAAUCGUGUUGUUAUGUGUACGUGAGGCGAUGGACCCACUUUUGGACGUUCAUACGCUAGACCCUUUUUUCUUUCUUUCUUUCGUCUUAUUCGUGAUUUCAGAUUGCGGUGUCGCAGCGUUGCAGAGAUUUUUGUUCAUCAUAACGAUCCGUGAUACUUACCCUCUUCGUACUCGUUCAUCUCACGCACGCAUCGUCAUAUCACUUUUUGUUCUUUGUACUGUACAACUCAUGGCCUCUGCGUAUAUAAUCGCACUUUCGUUCGCCCAGCCCGCGUAGUGCGUACCCGUACUGUAGCUCGAUUCCUUAGACUUGGAGUAAUUGAUUGUUUUUUAUUGCACGUGAUCAAACAAA